AUGGAGAACACGCCUCCAAAAGCUUCUCACUUUGCAGCACACAAGGCAACCUUGUCUCCACCAACGAGAAUGAACAGCACAAAGGAUUCUCCGGUGAAGAAUAUAUUGUUAAUUCCUCCCCAAAGGAAACGUUUAAUGGAAGAAACCAUCAGAAAAAUGUCUCCUGAUGAUCGAGAAAAGUUGGUGCAAGCUAUUUACGCCAAGAGUGCCAAGCUCUCCACGGAAUAUCACAUCAACAUUUUCAAUCAAAAAACUUCUCAUAUAAAACAAGAAGAGUAA